AUAUUUAUUUGUAUCUAGCAAUUUUUUUCUCAGUGCAGUAAAAAUUUACAAUAAUGUAUGUGAUUUAUAGAUUUUCAAUUUUCGAUAUAAAAGAAACAUUAUUCGUGAAAAUAACAAUUGCUUAUCAACGUUUGUAACGUCAAUUAUAGGCGAGUAUUUAAUCACAUCGUAGAAAUGUUUGUAAUUUAUCUAAAUUGCUAUGAUACUAAUCACUUUGUAUUAUUUUUUCUUUAGAGAUCUAAGUUACUUAAAAAAAUAUAGAAUUCCGCACUUAACGCCGCUUUUCAUUGCAAUCAUUCAUCGUCAAUCUGUAGCUUAUUAAAAAUCAAUGUAUAAUUUAUAUAUUGACGUCAAGUAUAUCAGAUUUUUUAAAAUAAUUUUUUAAAUAAUUUUUUGAAAAAUCAAUCUUGAACUUAUUAAAUUCAUAACGUUAAAACAUUUCAACCCAUAUAUUUGUUUAUAGAUCACUAUAAUUAUGUCAAAAAUAUAAAUCCAUACAAAAAUCUCGUGGUUCUGCGUUGAAACAGAUAGCAAGAAAAGUAAACUAUACUGAAUCCGGCUUUCAUAUUCAAUAAAAUAAAAAUAUGUUUAAGCUAAUAUCGCAGUGCAGUGUCGACUUUGUCAAUUACGCAAUUUAUUAUUGCAAAAAAUACAUGACAUUUACAAAUAUUAAAUAAAAAAUAAUAUUAAACAAGGUAAAAAAGUAUAUAAAGGAAAAUAUUUUAAAUUCCAAUUUGUUAUAUGAACCUAAAAUUAAUUUUAUAUAACAAUUUAUUAUACCAUAUAGUUACAAUUAAUUGUACUAAUUAAAAUUUUAAUAAAUAUCUGUUUAUCUAGUUAUUAUUCUUAUGUCUUCUUAUUCCAGUUUUAUUGUUUUUUUGUUUCAGAUACAAUCGCAAUAAUUUUGUAUAAAAGAUAUUUCUCGAACAAUAAAAGUAGAGUUAUUAUCUUUUGUUUAAAAAAUAAUGAAACAAGGCGAUAAGAAGAAGAUUAAAGAUCGAGUUAGUUAUUAUCUCUGCGUGAUCAUUGAUCAAUUUCUGACAUAUAAAUAUGUUCUUGUUCAAUUUAUUGUACAAUUAUUGCUAACAUGAUUUUUUUAAAUUUAAAAUUUAAAUUUAAGAUUAAAAAGCUAUAAGAGUCAACUAUAUGUUUUUCCUACUUAUUAUCUUGAAUGUAUUUUUAAAUGCAUUUUAUUAUACGGAUAUGUAUUAAUAAUGUUGUACAUUAUUUCGUAUUUUCAGUGCAUUAUACUGGAAAAUGAUCCAAUGUCAAGAUUAAAACAUGUGUAGAAGUUUGAAAGAGAUACAUCCAAGGUAAUGAAUUUGAAGAACUUGGCUUUCAGCUCUUUGAUCUUUAUUUUUAAUUGUCUAAAUCAAGUACAUUCUUUAUAAUUUUUAAAUUACAUUUGGUUGAAUUAUUUAAAAAGUAUUUUUAUAAUCUACUAUAUUUAACAAAUAAGAUAUAAAGAGUAAUUGAGAUAGAUGAAAUUACUUUAUCAUAAUUGUCAUUUGCUGUAAACAACCGACGAAUGCAAAUGACCCAAAAAUUAUAUUACAUUGCAGUAUAUUGUGAAAUACUUUGUUUAUAAUUCUAGCUUAAAUAAAAUUAAAAUGAAUAUUUUUGUUUGCAAUAUCAAUUUGGAUUUGUUUUGCUUUGUUUAAAUAAUUUUGAGAUGUAGGCCAUGGAAUUUGUACAGAAAUAUAACUAUAUAAUAUACAUAUAUUACUUUUCGUUACUGUACAAAUCAAUUAUUUAAAUAAAAAAGACAAAUCUAAAUGCGUUUAAUUGUUUUUUUAUUUCUAUAAUAUAAUAGUUUAUCGAUAAUAUCUCACUGCAAUAUGUCAGUUAAAGUUGUGAGAUUCUAAUAUAGAGUCAUGCGUAAUACAUUCUCCCUCCACGCCAUUCUAUCUGCGACAUACAUAAGAGAAAUAUGACUCGUGCGGAUAGCAAUUGACCGUCGUUCUCCGACGCGUAACGACAGGCAUUUUAAAACGUUACAGAGGCAUAUGAAUAACAGAUUUGUAUAGUAAGAUUGUGUUUCAUUGUGAAUUCAGUUGCAUCAAAUAAACAUAAUUAUCAACAUGUAUUACGUAAUCGUGUUGUCGGUGAUAGCGGGCGCUCUAAGUCUCUACUAUUUCCUUUUUAAAAGUUUAAAUUACUUUAAGAAACACAAAGUACCAUAUAUAACAGCCUUUCCCAUAGUAGGAAGUUUAGGACCAAUGCUACUUCGUAUCCAAUCAAUAGCUGAUUACACUAAAUCCUUGUACAAUUUGUAUCCUGACGCCAAGUACGUCGGCCUAUACGAAUUGAAGACUCCAAAUGUAAUGCUUCGCGAUCCUGAGCUUAUUAAAUCCGUGACAUUGAAACAUUUUGACAUGUUCAUGGACCAUAUCAGUAGCCUCGACGAAAGUCAAGAUAAAUAUUUCGGCAGGAACCUCUUUGCCCUUCGUGGAGAGAGAUGGCGUGAUGUAAGAUCCAUAUUGAGCCCGGCUUUCACCUCCAGCAAAAUGAAAAGUAUGUUUCAGCUGAUGUCAAAUUGCGCUGUUGACUUUACUAAUUACUUAACGCAAUUGUCAACAGAGAAAAAAAUAAUGGACAUAAAAGACGUUUUCACGAGGUAUUCAAACGACAUAAUCGCCACUUGUGCUUUUGGUAUCAAGGUAGAUUCUAUGAGAAAUCCGAAAAACGAUUUUUUUGUGUACGGCAAGGAGGCAACCAGUUUCAAGGGUUUUGUUCUUCUUAGGGUCUUGAUAAUUAAAACAUUGCCUUGGUUGGCACGGAUACUUAGAUUAACCAUUGUUCGUGAAAAAAUAACAAAUUUCUUUGAAGAUCUGAUAAAAAGCACAAUAAAAGCUAGAGAUGAAAAUGGUAUCGUUCGUCCAGACAUGUUACAAUUGAUGAUGGAGAGCAGAUAUAAAGAUGGCAAUGCAGAAUUGAGUAUCGAUGACAUAGUGGCACAGGCGUUUAUUUUCUUUUUUGGUGGCUUUGAGAGUACUGCAACGUUAAUGUGCUUCGCCGCUCACGAAAUCGCGAUGAAUCCGGACAUACAAAUAAGACUACAAAAUGAGAUUGAUCGGGUCCUAGAGGAUACAAAUGGGCAAGCAUCUUAUGAGGCUGUUAAUGGUAUGGAAUAUCUAGAUGCUGUAAUCAACGAGGCCUUGAGGAUGUAUCCAGCUUCCACGGUGAUACUGGACAGAAUAUGUUUAAAUGACUUCGAACUACCGCCGGCAUUACCAGGACUGAAACCUUUUGUUAUAAAAAAAGGACACGGUAUAUGGAUUCCAAUUUAUGCACUUCAGCAUGAUCCCAAAUACUUCAAAGAUCCGGAGAAGUUUGAUCCCGAGCGGUUUCUUGGUGAACAGAAGAAGAAGAGUCUUAACAGCGGUGUCUACUUUCCUUUUGGUGUUGGUCCCAGAAUGUGCAUAGGUAAUAGAUUCGCAUUGCUGGAGACGAAAGUUCUGCUUUUUCAUUUGCUGGCACGUUGCGAUCUGAAACCUUGCGAGAAGACACCAAUACCGAUCAAAUUUACGAAGGAUUUUCUUUUGAAACCUGAAGGUGGAUUCUGGUUAAAUGUAGCGUCAAGGAGAAACACACAUCACUCUAUUACAACUAAUGCUAGUAACGAGACGUGCUAGAUAUAAGAAAAACAAAA